AUGACAACAUCAUGGGUUCCCUUCCACUUACCGAAUUUGGCAAAUAAGUCUGGACAAAAUUGCGGAGAAAAUUUACGACUAGAAAUUAAGCAUCUUGAAUGUUAUUUCACUGAAAACGAUACGUGUGAUAUAGAAUACAAUUUGUUUGUUUUCGCCUUCGACAAUUCCAGCAAAACGGUGUUAAGUAACAUGUGGGACUUUGGAAAGCUGAAGAAAGAAAACAAGAAGGAUGGAUGUGUGAGAUUUCAUGUGAGACAAACGCUUUAUUUCCGCUCAUCGGAGCUUCUCAAGUCCAUAUUAUUUGUAUUUGUGCUAACAAAAUGCAACUUUUCGAAAUCAACUGAUAAGUCAGAAAUUGGAUGGUGUUCAGUCAAUGUUCAUGAAACUAUACGAAGCUCAUCCAUAUCAUCUUCAUAUAGUUCGCCUUUCCUAAAAGGAUCUUGCCGUGUAUUGUGCCUUCCACCUGAGGCAUACAAUACAUCUCUGGCGACUAACAACAAUCACUGUAUUUAUUAUUCACUGGGUAUAUUCAAAGAACUAGAUAACUGUUCAUACUUGAUCCCUGCAAACAGAUUUGUUUCCGCACUGAGUUGCAUCCCUGGGAUAAAUGCAAAUAAAGAUUUGGAUACCUUGAAUGUUGGGAGUUUCGUUAAAAUUUUCGUCAAAGAUAUCUCAAUUACGAGUAAUUCUUCCCAGAUAGCAGAUUUUGAAAAUUAUUUGUGUUCAACGGUUUCGGAUGACCUAGCUGUCGCUUUUAAUCAACAUGGGGUAUCUUCACCAGUCAGGCUGCAAGUUUACGAGAGAAGAGUUAAGACUUUCCUACACAAUCGUUAUACUGUCGUUCAACCUGAACCGGUAAUUUACUUGGACACAGUCAUUGAGUCGGAGAGGGAAUUGUCUUCAGGGAGAAAACCAUCAGCAACUCUAGCUGGUAAAACAGUAGGGAUCUCGUCUUCCAGUGUUAGGUCUGAGUCAUCGUCUAAAGAAUACCUCAUCGCACGCAAUGAUGCAGAAUUGAUUGUGCCACAGAACCCUGAGUGCGCAGUUGUGUUUGUACUGGAAUAUGUUUUAUCUGAGAUAAAUUCACCGACACCAAAAACGUUUCAUUGUAUAGUACGAUGGGCGAUAUAUCCACUUGAAGAUAACAUGAAAAUGUUGAAUAAUGUCGGAAAUAACUCAGUAAAUUUAAAUUUACCACUUCAAGGCAGUGUGCGACCAAGUAUAGCAAAUGAUUCAAAUAUCGGCCUUUCAUCGUCACCAUCAUUAUCUAACAAUACAAAUAAGGUACAGAUUUCAGGUGCUGACGAUUAUGCAAAAUGUUUGCUGAAAACAGUAUGUCCAGAUGGAGGUUUAUGUUUCACGAAUAAUGUUCGUUCAACAAUGGAAUUAACUUUGAAUUGCACAGUAUCUGCUGGAAUCCAAAAUGCAGUGAGUGAGAACGCUAUUGCUGAAGAUUCUGCCCUUGUAACAAGGCUGCCCGUACCAGCUUAUUACAUUCCAGAAAUGGGACAUCAGUUUUCAGGAAGGGAAUCAAUCACUCCUUCGGAGUCUCGAUCAGUUGCUGCUGUUCCCAGAAAGAAAAAGAUGCAACUAGUUCGACGGAAGUCCUCAACAAAGUUAAUGAACAAGAAUGGUUUAGUCGAUGAUACUAAACAGUUUGAGGAUAUGAAUGAAUUGAAUACAAAGUUGUUAUCGGCUCCAAUUCAAGCACAGUUUAACUUAUAUACUCAGUUACUACAACAACACCAUCGACAACAGCGGCAAAUAGAACUUUUCAACCCAUGUAGUGGAUUUCUGAAUCAUGGAAUGAUAGUUGGUCCUUACUUGGGUGGAAUCGGACCAACAAUGUACGAACCAAUUGAAGCAACCUCCUCAUCUAUCAUUGGACCAUUUUUGAAUCGAAAUCCGAAUGAUUCUUUAUUUCUUUUAGAUAAGAUUCAUCAUGGCGUUGGAUUAAGUCGAGCAGCUUAUGCUAAAAUUCAUUCAGCAGGUUUUGAGCCAAUUCAAACGGAAAAUGGCGAUCCACCGUUUACAAUUGAUCCACAAACUGAUGUAAUAGAUGAAUUUAAGUUUGUCAAAGAAGAAAUCGAUCUAUUAAAUCAAAAUGAAAUUAUUUUUCAAUUUUUAGCUUAUUCUGGGUUUGUAUCCAGGUCGUUAUCAACCGGUGAUCGUCAUUCACCUGAACAAAUCUAUUUUACUUUUCAGUUUUAUCGGUUUCCCCAGGUUGUAACAUCAACCUUAUUCAUUGGACAGUCUCUUGAUGAUUGUUCUAAUCCAAAUGGUGAUUCGUUUAGAAUUUUAUGGAAAUCUAAGCGGCAAAGCGAAAAGUCUUUUUCGUUGAUCGAAUUAAAUUCUUCCAUUGGGAAAAGUGAAAAUCAAUCACCAGGAUAUAAAGUAAUUUUCCGUAUUGAUCCUAAUUACUUUAAACCAGGUGAAAUGGAAAUAUUUUUUAGUUAUUUACUUCGAACAACAAUGCAAAUUGAUGUAUGGAAUGCAAAAUCUCAUAUUCUAAUAGGAACUUGUAUGAUUGAAUUAAAACAUCUUUGUCGUCAAGGUCGUGAAGCUGUUCAGAUCACGUACUCCACGGAUAUCUUGAAUUCAAACGACAAUGUAUUUGAUGAUGAAUCAAGUUCAUCAAGCCCUCCAGAUAUUCAAGGUUAUUUGCUUUUGCGACUUGCAAAUAUUGGACAUCGUAAAGAACAAAUAUCAAAAGAAAUUACGAUCAGAAAUAAUAGCCGGAAAAAAUAUCUAAUUAGUCAAAGGGAUGCUACUUGUUUCAGAAAAUUUACAGGUGGGGAUCUCUCAAACAUGAAUUUUUUGAAAUCAAAUAAUAUCAGUGAUGAUACAACAGGAAUUGUAGUUCGCGCGCAUAAAAUUAAACCAACUGAUAUUGCACUAAAAGGAGUGUUGAGGGUAGUUAAUGCAUCUGAAGAAAAAUCACCUAUGACAAUAAAAGCAAAUAAAUUGGUAAACAAUCAGAGUGGAAUGGAAGAUGUGACAACAUUAGAGAAACUUGAACGUCUACAUAGUUCGUUGAAAUCUGUUGAUGGUUUAAAAAAUGUAUGGGAUAAUAUUAAAUUAUCUGAAAAGUCGAAUAUAAAGACCUUAUUGUUGGAUGGUAAACCACAGUUGGAUACAAUUAGUCGUUAUAGAGAUCAAAAGAAACAUGAAUUAUUUGAACGAUUAAUCAAUAAAGCUACAACUAUUGAACAUGAACUAUUUACAAGUUUUGGUUGUACAGAGUUUUUUGAAUAUCAAUUAAAGAACCCAUUCAAUAUCGAAGAUACUGUUAAUGUGAACAUUGAAGAUGAUUCAAAUAGUUUAUCCUUUGUUAUGGAUCCACGUGAAGUACGUGCAUUAAAAUUAGCUUUCAAUAUCGAUACACCAACAGAAGAUGAUUUAUUUGCUUUGGAUGUGAAAAACAAUCAUCACUAUUACAAUAACAAUGAUAAUAUUGAAAGAAAAUCAUUGAAAAGAAACAAUGUUAUAUUAUUUCUCAAACCAAAUGAAACUGUAUUAAUACCAAUGAAAUAUGAAGAAGCUACGAUGUUUCAAUAUACUAAACAAUAUGAUGGUGUAGGUGACAGAAAUCUAUUCGAAUUUACUUCAAGUGUUGAAGAUAAUCCUGUCCAAAUGAAACGUGUCAUACAAGUAAUCUUCAAAUCAACAACCUAUGAGAAGGUUAUUUCACAAUUAAUUCUACAUGUUCAUAUUCAACCACCGAUAAUUGAUCAUAGUUUUCGAUUUUUUCAUCCUGAAUUAAGUUUCAUGAAGAAAAUUCUACGUCUACCACGAAAUAUUAUUGAUUGGAGAAAUAGUUUUAACACAAACAAUCGAACAAUUCAACAAGUUAAUCAGCAAAUAUGGGUUAGAGUAUCCGAUUCAGAUGUAUUAACUAUAUCUAAUGUUCAAGGUGAUAUAGUAGAUCUGUUGAUUAAAGUUGGACUUGGGAAAUCUCCACAAAUACGUGAAUUUCUUAUUAGUGUUUAUGUAGAACCAUUUCAAAUCCGUCCAGCUUAUAUAUGGUAUUGGGCUAUACAUUCACUUCAGCGUGUCGAUACUAUUGCUACAGUUGGACAAUUAUCACCUCCGAUAGGUUUGUUAUUACGUACAGAUGAUUGUAUACCUAAUGUUGGUUCAAAACGAAUUACUAUUUACACUAGUCAUCCAAAUGAAGUUUUCAUUGGUACAGAAUUUACUUCAAAUAAUUUUCAGCAAAAUCUUCCGGUUAAAGAUUUAACAUUAUGUGUUGCAUCACGUUCUGUUUAUGAGUUAAAGGUUAGACUAUGUCCAAAGUAUGUUGGUAAGAAAAGUUACCAAGUCAAUGUGGUGGACACUGACUGUCAACGUGUACUACGCGCUUGGAUCCUGUGUGUGGACGUUAGACGACCAGAAAUAACAAAGUCAUUUAACAUAAAAUUACCUAAAAAAGAAAUUAGUACAGCUUGUAAUAAACGUAUUGCUUACACAAACCCAUAUCAAUGUAAAAAAACAUUAAUACUGGAAACUAACCGAUCUGACUUAGUUCAAUUUAAGGAAUCCAUAAUGGAAAUCCCAGCAGCAGGAACGGUUCAGAUUGGACUACAUUUUAUUCCACAAGCAACAGUGGAUUCGGAACAGAUAUAUACCUUCAUUAAAGAUGAACAAGGCAAAAACUUGGAAACAUUUUUAAUCAUUGCUCAAUAUUAUUAAUGUUUGCCCAAAAUAAAAUUCUAUUUAUUCACAACUCAUCAUCAAUUUUUUAUUCAUUAGAAACUUAUCAGUGUUGUAUAACUAGUGACCUUUGAAAAAGUCGCACAGUAAAACCAGUCCCUCGCGUAAACUUAGAUAUUCAACACAUAUAACUAAGAUAAAUUAUAAAUUUUUCACUGGCUACAGGUUGUCGAAUCUAUGAUGAAUGAUAUCAUUUACAUUUCUUUUCAAGAGCAUUAUACAUUAAUUAAUCAUUUUAAGGGAAAGCUAGUAUAUUCACCGAAAUUUUCUGAAUAAAUACUUGAAACUUCUAGUCACUACUAAGUAAUAGAUAGAUAAAUGUCCCAUAUUCAAGUCGUAAGAAGUAAAAUAUGGAUAUACAAUACUUAGUUUUAAAUUGAGGCUAUACUUCAGCAAAAGUUUACGUAUCAAUUCUGGUAGUUUAUUUCGAUAUAUAGAUAUUCAAUUGAUGAGAAAAUGUUUACACAGUUACGUGUUUCACUGGAAUUUACUUUAGGGAUAACUUCUUACUGUGCAUUACUGAGUGUUUGAAUAUUCACACAGAAGUAUAUGGAACACAGUUAUUACGCAUGGAUGUAACUGCUUGGUUAAACCACUUGACUUUAGACCGACCAAUCAAAAUUCGAGCUACUUCUGUGUUUAUGCACCUUUAAUUUUCGAAUUAUUUGGCAUGUGUUUAGAAAAAGACAUAUACCCUUCUACCUGUUCUUAUAAGGUGCUUUGUCAUGCACAAUGUGUUAAUUAAUUCACUUUAAAGGUGUUCAACAGCAGGAUCUAGAUUUAUAUACUCAGCUUUAAAAUAUAUUUUUUUAUUUUACGGAUAGUGAUACGAACGUUGAUAAUUUGUGCGGGACCCACCUACGACAAUCCCCCUAAGUAAUCAACAAGUAAAGGACAUCCUGUUUAAACUUCGCUGGAGCAAACUGAAUCCAUAAUUUUGACUAAGUUGUCUCUAAUUGCUAUGAUUGUUUGUAGUGUAUUAUAUAAUCUUCACCUAGGUAUUUCUCAUGUCAUCCACUUUAAAAGUAUCUUCACACUCACGCGAUUCCAAAGCUUACGUAAGCACUUCUGACUUACGGCUAUUACUCUCUUUACCUCGUUAAUUUUAGAACUCUAAAGAACCAGUCUUAUCUCCUUUAUAUUUUCUGUAUCUAUCUUCAAAUGACUAAACAUGAUGAGGUAACUCCGCUACUGAGCACAGAUACAUAUGGUCGGCUUCCAACCAUAUCCCAUGUGUGAGGCCUGGAGAUAUUACUUGACUCCCCAAACCGAAGUAGAUAGAGUUUAUUCACAAAUGUACAUAUUGCACUGAUAAUCCCUGUCACUCAAAUUUUAAUUUACCAAUACCUAGAAUUUAAUAUUGUUAAAUUUCAAUACGUAUACCGUCGCAAGCAACGGACAAAAAACGAGAUAAAAAUGAAUUUAUAUUAUUUUCC